UCACGAUCCAGCCACUGUUCCAGUAAUCAGCCAUGCCGAACUUGAUAUCUCAAUCGGAAGAGUCGGUGUCGGGACUAUCCGCUGCGGAGGUCCAACUGUUGACGGCGAAGUCCAACGAAGCAAAGGCAUUGGCUUAUUGUCCGUAUUCGCAAUUCCGGGUUGGCUGCGCGCUUCUCCGCAAAGACGCCGCGGACCCGGAGAAAGGACUUAUUCUCGGGGCCAAUGUUGAGAACGCGUCAUAUCCGGUCGGAACGUGUGCCGAACGUGCCGCUGUCACCGCCGCGGUCGUUGCAGGAUGGAAAUAUGGCGACCUCAAGGCCAUAGCGGUGGCUACGGACCUGGUUGGCACCCUAGCAAGUCCAUGCGGGAUGUGUAGGCAAUUCCUCCGGGAGUUCUGCGAGCCCACAAUGCCAAUCAUCAUGCAUGGACAGGAUGGCGAGUACGUCGUCAAGACCAUGGAAGAGCUUCUUCCCAUGUCCUUCGGGCCGGAAUCUCUUCCUAAGCCGGACGCGAUGAAAGAAAUAAGAGGAGGAUCGUAAUCAUGUCUAAAGGAAGAAUUUGGCACUGGUCUAGCGGACCUAUCGUAAGCGGGAAAGGAGUAACUAUUUCAACCAGCGUAGUAAUAGUUCAUUGCAUCAGUGACAUGCGGCAUCUACUCUUGGACUUUGGAAUGAUUCAUUUAUUGAUGACAGAUCAUAUCUGAUGGAUUGGGCAUUGGUUAAAGCAGCAAGAUCCGUUGGAACGUUGGAUAGAAAAGACACCAAAACAAUACACUCCGCUAACAGUAUGACUUAUGAGUCCAAAGCCAUCCGAGCAACACCACUCAUG